AUGCAUGGGAAGACCUGGGUGCUGUGCCUGCUGCUCCUGCUGGCCAUGGGGCUAGGAUCCCAGGAGGCCCUGCCCCCACCCUGUGACAGCCAGAUUUACUGCUACGGGGACCUCCUGCACCAAGUUCAGAUGGCCAAGCUCUUCUUGGAUGACAAGGAGUUUGUGGACAUGCCACUGUCCAUGGCACCAGACCAAGUCCUGCUCAGCUUCGAGGAACUGUCCAAGGCACACAACUACAGCAUCCCCCGGCAGCAGCUGCAGAAUUUCCUCGCAAAGCACUUCCAGGCAGCGAGGCAGGAGCUGGAGCCCUGGACCCCCGGAGACUGGAAAGACAGCCCCCAGUUCCUGCAGAAGAUCUCGGACACCAAGCUUCGGGCCUGGGCAGAGCAGCUGCACCAGCUCUGGAAGGAGCUAGGAAAGAAGAUGAAGCCAGAGGUUCUCAGCCACCCUGAGUUGUUCUCUCUGAUCUACUCUCAACACCCCUUCAUCGUGCCUGGGGGGCGCUUUGCUGAGUUCUACUACUGGGACUCCUACUGGGUGAUGGAGGGCCUACUCCUCUCGGAGAUGCCCGAGACAGUGAAGGGCAUGCUGCAGAACUUCCUGGACUUGGUGCAAUCCUACGGCCAUAUCCCCAAUGGCGGGCGUGUGUACUACCUGCAGCGGAGCCAGCCCCCACUCCUGACCCUCAUGAUGGACCGCUAUGUGACACACACCAAUGACAUCGCCUUCCUACGGGAGAACAUUGGGACACUGGCCUUGGAACUGAACUUUUGGACUGAGAAGAGAAGUGUCAACGUGAGCUCUGGGGGAAAGAGCUACAUCCUAAAUCGCUAUUAUGUUCCUUAUGGGGGACCCAGGCCAGAAUCCUACAGCAAAGACGCAGAGUUGGCGGACACCUUGCCGGAAGGUGACCGGGACGCUCUGUGGGCCGAGCUGAAGGCUGGGGCCGAGUCUGGCUGGGACUUUUCUUCCCGCUGGUUCUCCGGAAGCCCAAACACCAACUCGCUCAGCAGCACCCGAACCAGCAAAGUGGUGCCUGUUGACCUCAAUGCCUUCCUGUGCCAAGCAGAGGAGCUGAUGAGCAACUUCUACUCUAGACUAGGGAAUGACUCUGAAGCCGCAGAGUACAGAAAUUUGCGGGCACAGCGCUUGACCGCCCUGACGGCCGUCCUGUGGGAUGAGGAGAAAGGUGCCUGGUUCGACUAUGACCUUGAGAAUGGGAAGAACCCAGAGUUUUACCCAACCAACCUCUCUCCUCUCUGGGCCGGCUGCUUCUCUGACCCUGCUAUUGCGGACAAGGCUCUGAAAUACCUGGAGGACAGCCAGAUCCUGACCUACAAGUACGGGAUCCCAACCUCUCUCCAGGAGUCAGGUCAACAGUGGGACUUCCCCAAUGCCUGGGCCCCGCUACAGGACCUGGUCAUUAGAGGUCUGGCCAAGUUGCCUUCACCCCGGGCCCAGGAAGUAGCUUUCCAGCUGGCCCAGAAUUGGAUCCGAACCAAUUUUGAUGUCUACUCCAAAAAGUCAGCCAUGUAUGAGAAGUAUGACAUUACCAAUGGGGGACAACCAGGAGGAGGAGGGGAGUAUGAAGUUCAGGAGGGGUUUGGCUGGACCAACGGAGUGGCUCUGAUGCUCCUGGACCGCUAUGGCGACCGGCUGACCUCGGGUGCCUGGCCAGCUCUCUGGGAACCCCACUGCCUGGUGGUUGCCCUCCUGCUCAGCCUUCUGCCCAGCUUCCUGCCCCAGUGA